GAGCCCCUGCUUCACUCCCAGAGGUCUGUCCUGGGGAGACACUACUGCUCCGGGGGGCUGACCUGGCGGGGAGUGGCAGCGCAAUCCGCUCCCGCACUGCUUUGUGCGCGCAGCCGCCGGCCCCUCGGCUCCCGGGUCUGCCCCCUGGGACAACCCCCUGCCCCGCCCCAGUCAUGCAACUCUACCUGCUUCUCCUCUGUGGACCUUUGGGAAGCUGCCGCCCACCCCAGGGUCUCGGGCCCUGACCCUGCCAGGCAGCCGGUAGGUGUCCGCCCGGGGCCCGCUCGCGCUCCUCGUGCCCGCCGAGACUCUGGGCUCUCAAGUUGUGGGGACCAGCGCGAGUUGGAAAGUUUACCCGAGGGCUGGUGCGGGCUUGGAGCCUGGGGCACGCGCGCUGCCCUCGGAGCCGGCGCCGGCCAGUGGCAUUCAUCAUGAGACUUUUGGGAUCCUUGGUAGAAGGGAUUUAGAACCAGCAGUCUUUGGAUUAAGUCGGGUGAAAGAGAAAAGAGGGACCUCAUUUCUGGGUGUGGGCAGUGCCCACCACAAUGCCUUCCUUAUACAUAACCAAAAUUUUGUGGGCUGAACUCAACCAUGGUACAUUCAGAUUCUCCUCAAAGGCGAGACUUUCCAAAGGACCAAUGACUCUGUUCCUUGUGCCCUUUCAUUUAUUCCUACUCUGUAGCUAUGUCUCGAUCCCGCCAUGCAAGGCCUUCCAGACUAAUCAGGAGGGAAGAUCUAAACAGAAAGAAAAGCAGCCAACUGAAGAAGACAUCUAAGCUAGCCAAUAAAAAUGUGGCAUCAGUCAAGACUGUGAGCCCUGGAAAAGGAGUAAAGCAAUUAAUUCAAGAAAGAGAUGUUAAGAAAAAAAUAGAACCCAAAACACCUAUGCCAGUCAGAAGCCUUUUGACAAGAGCUGGAGCGGCACGAAUGAAUUUGGAUAGGACUGAGGUUCUUUUUCAGAACCCAGAAUCCUUAACUUGCAAUGGGUUUACAAUGGCUCUCCGAAGUACCUCUCUUAGCAGACGACUCUCCCAACCUCCAGUGAUCAUAGCCAAACCUAAGAAAAUUCCACCUGCUAAGCAUUUAGAAAAGCAACAUGAAUGUGAUUGUAAUGUAGUUACUGACAAAGGAGUGAAACACUCAGAAAAUGAUUCAAUUCCAACCCAAGUUCCCCUAAUUGCUCCUGAUACAGAGAAUCUAAUUGGUGUACAAAAUGCAUCUUUAAUUGAAGGUGAGAGCCAAGAGACAACCCAGUCUUGGUCCCAAAAGGUGGAGGAUACCAAAAUAAAUAUCUCCACUCACAGUGGUCCUGCAGUAGAGAUCCCUUCUGGGUCAUUGGAAGGGACACAUGGUGGUGAAGGACUAUUCUCUAAAGAGACAUUGACUGAUACAAGUGAUUCCCCUAGAAUGUUUGCUCAGGACACUCUGUGUGCUCCUUUGCUCCAAAGAGCAGCCCUCAAGGUUACUUACGAAGGAAACUCCAGCAUUCAGUUAGAAGAUUUGGGUUCACGAGUAGAAUCUCUUAAGCUAUCUGAUUCUUACCUGGAUCCUAUCAAAAGUGAACAUGAUUGCUACCCCACCUCCAGCUUUAAUAAGGUUAUACCUGAAUUGGACCUUAGAAACUGUUUGUCCAUUGGUGGGUCAAUAUAUCCUACCUCAUUAAUAAAACUCCUCUUGGCAAGCUCUGAACAAGAAACGCUUGGUGCUAAACCAGAUAAUCAAGAGGUACUCAAAGCUACCCCAGAUCAACAGGCAAUUCCUGCUACCACCCCUGUCCUAGGACAGGCUUUUAGUGCUGUCCCACAUCAAUGGGAAGUUCCUGGUGCUAACCCAGUACACAGAGAGGCUCUGGAUGAGACCCCAGCCCCACCAGAGAUUCCUGGUGCUAUUCCAGUCCAAGGAGAGGUCUUUGGUGCUAUCCUAGACCAACAAAUCCUUGGGAUGGGUGGCGGUACUGCCUCAGACCCACCUAUCUUUGUUCCUGCUCCGCUAAACCCAAUUGCUACCUAUAGUGUUCUCCCAGAAUGGCCUGAGCCCCAGAGCACUGUUUCAUAUGGGCUUGAGGUCCAGGGAGCAAUGCAGAUUUUGCCUUUGGGCUCAGGUCACACUCCUCAGCCAUCAUUAAACUCUGAGCUAAGUUCGGUACCUCCUGUGAUGACUAUUAGCAAUAUAGAAAAUCAGAAGCAGGUUCAUAUAAGCUUUCUGCCAGCUAACACUCAGGCGUUCACCUUAGCCCCUGAGAGAGGACUCUUCCAUGCUUCACAGGGCAUUACCCAACUCUCCCAGGCUGGUCCCAGCAAAUUGGAAGGAGGGAGCUCCCAGAUCAGCGUGACCAGCAUGGUUGACAUCAAUACCACAGUGGUAUCUAGGCCAGGUUCAAUUGCCAGGGCCUCCCCUUCCUCCUAUACAACUUUGCUACCUACUUUGGAAAAGAAGAAACGAAAGCGGUGUGGGGUGUGUGGGCCCUGCCAGCAGAAGACCAAUUGUGGUGAAUGUACUUACUGUAAGAACAGAAAGAAUAGCCAUCAGAUCUGUAAGAAGAGGAAAUGUGAGGAACUGAAAAAGAAACCAUCCGUCAUUGUGCCUUCGGAGGUUAUAAAAGAAAACAAGAGGCCCCAGAGGGAAAAGAAGCCCAAAGUUUUAAAGGCAAAUUUUGACAACAAACCAGUAAAUGGCCCCAAGUCAGAAUCCAUGGAAUACAGUAAAUGCCAUGGGGACCAACAGAGAUUGGAAUUAAACCCACCUCCCCUUGAAAAUGUAACUAAAAAUGAAGAAAGUAUGACAGGUAUUGAAGUGGAGAAGUGGACGCAAAAUAAGAAAUCACAUUUAACCGAUCAUGUCAAAGGAGAAUUUAAGGCAAUUGUGACUGAAGCUGAAAAAUUGAAAAACUCUGAAGAUGACAAGAAGAAAGUCCUACUCACCGAGUUACCAGAACCUCAGAAAUUGUUUGCACAAACUGUAAGAAAUGGCAUUAAAAAUGUACACUAUUUACCAACCGAGACCAACGUGUGUUUUAAAAAAUUCAGUAUUGAAGAAUUUGGCAAGGCAUUUGAAAACAACUCCUAUAAAUUCCUGAAAGACACUGCCAACCAUAAUGCCAUGAGCUCCAUUGCCACUAAUGCGAGCUGUGAUCAUCUCAAGGGGAGAAGUAAUGUUUCAGUCUUCCAGAAGCCCAGCUUUAACUGCAAGUCUAUCCCAGAUCCAGCAAAUUUCAACCUAAAUAGUCAUACUAGUACACACAAUGAAAGUGAUCAACCCAAAUCUCUAGAAAAUAUACCAAGGAAAGAAUCAAAAGAUGGAUCUCCAGUUCAACCAAGUCUUCUAUCCCUGAUGAAAGAUAGGAGAUUAACAUUGGAGCAAGUGGUGGCCAUAGAAGCUCUGACCCAACUAUCAGAAGCUCCAUCAGAAAAUUCUUCACCAUCAAAGUCUGAGAAGGAUGAAGAAACAGAGCACAGAACAGCGAGUUUGCUUAAUAGCUGUAAAGCUAUCCUUUAUUCGGUAAAAAAAGACCUUCAAGACCCAACCUUACAAGGGGAGCCAGAAAGCCUUCAUCACUAUCCAUCUUUGGAAAAGCAAAGUCCAUGCAGCACGGUGGUAUUUAAUGGCCAAAAUAUUUCCAAGUCACACAACAACUCAGCUGCUAACCAAGCAUCUACAAAGUCACAGGAAUAUUCAAAAGUCACAAAUUCAGGAUCUCUUUUCAUACCAAAUCCAAAUUCGUCUAAAAUUGACACCAAUAAAAAUGUUGCUCAAGCUAGAAUUACCCUUGAGGGUUCUAAGAAUUUGCAUCAGUUGCCACCAACAAGUGAUAAAUUGGGGUAUUGUAACCAGUCACUGGCCAGCAUUAAACAGAUAGACUCAAAAGAUGAUCCAUCGUGUCAAGAUACAGUUCAUAGUAAAAUAGAGGAAGAUGUUGCAACACAGUUAACACAACUUGCAUCAAUAAUUAAGUUCAAUUAUAUAAAACAAGAGGACAAAAAGGCUGAAAGUACAUCAACAAAUCUUGUUGCAUAUAAUGUGCAGCAAAAAUGCAGUCAGGAGAAAAUCACAGUACAACAGAAACCACCUUCCAGUGUACAAAACAAUCAUAGCUCAUCAUUAACAAAGCACAAGAACACGACACAGAAAAAGACAAAAUCUACCCCAUCAAGAGAUCGGCGGAAAAAGAAGCCUGUAGUCCUAACUGGUCAAGAUAAUGACCAGAAAAAGAGGGAACAGCUGUCAUAUGAGUACAGUAAGUUACAUGACAUUUGGAUAGCAUCUAAAUUUCAAAGAUUUGGUCAAUUUGGUCCACAUGAUUUUCCCAUUCUGUUAGGAAAAAUUCCUCCCCUAACCAAAGUAUGGAAACCACUGACUCAAACGACUUCAGCAUUAGAACACAAAAAAUUAUUUCCUCCGCUCACUCAGAUAAAAUUUGAACGAUAUUAUCCCGAAUUAGCACAGGAAAAAACCAUGAAGGUUGAACCUUUGGAUUCUCUCCCAUUAUUCCAGUUAAAAACAGAAUCCAAUGGGCAGGCGUUUACAGAAAAAGUUUAUAAUUCUCAGGUACAGCCAUCCGUGAAUGUCAAUCAGAAAGCUCAUCCUUUACUCCAGGCCUCCUCUCCAACUAACCAGUGUGCUAAUGUAAUGGCUGGCGAAGACCAAACACAAUUCCAGCAGGAUGUUAAAGACCAAGUCAUGCAUCAGAGACUGCCGACAUUGCCUGGUAUCUCUCAUGAGACCCCCCUACCAGACCCAGCACAAAUUCUCAGGAAUGUAAAUGUAGUGUGUUCAGGUGGAAUUACAGUGGUUUCUACCAAAAGUGAAGAGGAUGUCUGUUCAUCCAGUGUUGGAGCAUCAGAAUUUUCCCCAGUAGACAGUGCACAGAAAAGUUUUAAUGAUUAUGCCAUGAACUUCUUUACCAAUCCUACAAAAAACCUGGUGUCCACAACGAAAGAUUCUGAUUUGCCAACCUGCAACUGUCUUGAUCGAGUUAUACAAAAAGACAAAGGCCCAUAUUAUACACACCUUGGGGCAGGACCAAGUGUUGCUGCUAUCAGGGAAAUCAUGGAGAAUAGGUAUGGUCAAAAAGGAAACGCAAUAAGGAUAGAAAUUGUAGUGUACACGGGAAAAGAAGGAAAAAGCUCUCAUGGGUGUCCAAUUGCUAAGUGGGUUUUAAGAAGAGGCAGCGAUGAAGAAAAAGUUCUCUGUUUGGUUCGGCAGCGCACAGGCCACCAUUGUCCAACAGCUGUGAUGGUGGUCCUCAUCAUGGUGUGGGACGGCAUCCCUCUCCCCAUGGCCGACAGACUGUAUACAGAGCUCACUGAAAAUCUGAAGUCCUACAACGGUCAUCCCACAGACCGAAGAUGCACGCUCAAUGAAAAUCGUACCUGUACAUGUCAAGGAAUUGAUCCAGAGACUUGUGGAGCUUCCUUCUCUUUUGGUUGUUCCUGGAGUAUGUAUUUCAAUGGAUGUAAAUUUGGUAGAAGCCCAAGCCCUAGAAGAUUUAGAAUUGAUCCAAGCUCUCCCUUACACAACUACUAUGAAAGAAUUACUAAAGGACGUAAUCCAGAAAGAAGAUAUAUGAAACCGGAACCAAUCUGUCCGGGACACGAGGCCAUGGAAAAAAACCUUGAAGAUAAUUUACAGAGUUUGGCUACACGAUUAGCUCCAAUUUAUAAGCAGUAUGCUCCAGUUGCUUACCAAAACCAGGUAGAAUAUGAACAUGUUGCCCGAGAAUGUCGGCUUGGCAGCAAAGAGGGUCGUCCUUUCUCUGGGGUCACUGCUUGCCUAGACUUCUGUGCCCAUCCCCACAGGGACAUUCACAACAUGAAUAAUGGAAGCACUGUGGUUUGUACUUUAACACGAGAGGAUAAUCGCUCCUUGGGGGUUAUUCCUCAAGAUGAGCAGCUGCAUGUGCUACCGCUCUACAAACUCUCAGACACAGAUGAGUUUGGCUCUAGUGAAGGAAUGGAAGCCAAGAUCAAAUCUGGGGCCAUCGAGGUGCUCACGCCCCGCCGUAAAAAAAGAACACGUUUCACUCAGCCUGUUCCUCGUUCUGGGAAGAAAAGGGCAGCAAUGAUGACAGAAGUUCUUGCACAUAAGAUAAGAGCUGUGGAGAAGAAAUUCAUUCCUCGAAUCAAGCGGAAGAAUAACUCGACCACAAACAAUAGCAAGGCUUCAUCGCUGUCGCUUUUAGGGAAUAAAACCGAAGCCUUGCACCUUGAAAUAAAAAAUGAAACUGAACCCCAUUUUAUCUUCAAAGGUUCGGACAACACUAAAACCUACUCAUUGACCCCAUCCAUUCCUCACACAUGGAAAGAGGCUAACAUACCUCCAAGUCUCUCCUGGUCCCCUAAGACUGUGUCGGCCACAACAGCUCCUUUUAAGAACGAUGUGUCGUCAGUUUCGUACGGGUUUUCAGAAAGAAGUAGCAAUCCUCACUGCACAAUGCCUUCUGCGAGACACGGUGGUGCUAAUGCAGCUGCGGGGGAAGGCGCUGGAAUUGCACAGCCUGGUGAAGUGGUUCCUCUUCCCACCUUGUCUACUCCCAUGCCAGAUUCCUUGGUUUAUUCUGAGCCUCCCACUGGUCCAUCUGAACAGCUAUCUUCUAAUCAUCCAAACCAGCAACCCCCAUUCACCGCCUCUCCUCAUGACCUUGCGUCCUCUCUGGUGGAAGAAGAUGAGCCACACUCGGAAGCAGAUGAGCCUCUCUCAGAUGAUCCCCUCUCAGAUGACCCCCUGUCACCUGCUGAGGAGAAAUUGCCCCACAUUGAUGAGUACUGGUCAGACAGUGAGCACAUCUUCUUGGAUGCCAACAUUGGUGGGGUGGCUAUCGCGCCUGCUCAUGGCUCCGUUUUGAUCGAGUGUGCCCGGCGAGAGCUUCACGCGACGACUCCUGUCGAACACCCAAACCGGAAUCAUCCCACACGCCUCUCCCUUGUCUUCUACCAGCACAAAAACCUGAAUAAGCCCCAACAUGGUUUUGAACUAAACAAAAUGAAGUUUGAGGCUAAAGAAGCUAAGAAUAAGAAAACUAAGGCCUCAGAGCAGAAAGACCAGGCAGCUAAUGAGGGUCCUGAACUGUCCCCUGAAGUUAAUGAAUUGAACCAAAUUCCUUCUCAUAAAGCAUUAACAUUAACCCAUGACAAUAUUGUCACAGUGUCCCCCUAUGCUCUCACACAUGUUGCAGGGCCCUAUAACCAUUGGGUCUGAAAGCUUUUCUCCCCUUCUUAAUGCCUUUGCUAGUUUUGUGUAUUUUUUCAAGGUGCUGUUAAAAGAAAGUCAUGUUGUCGUUUACUUAUAUCUUCAUCUCACCCAUUUGAAGGCUGAGGUAAAAAAAACAAAAAAAAAACAAAAAUGGGGUGGGUAUUUCUUAACUGUGACUAUAUUUUGACAAUUGGUAGAAGGUGCACAUUUUAAGCAAAAAUAAAAGUUUUAUAGUUUUCAAUACAUAAAGAAAUGUUUUGGUUAGGUGUUAACCUUGAUAGAAUCACUCAGUUUGGUGCUUUAAAUUAAGUCUGUUUACUAUGAAACAAGAGUCAUUUUUAGAGGAUUUUAACAGGUUCAUGUGCUAUGAUGUAAAAUCAAGACACAGUGUUAACUCUACACAGCUCCUGGUGCUUACCCACAUCAACAGUUAAAAAUAAGCUGCAUUAUUUUUUCAUGGUGCCAUUGUUCCAACAUCUUCCAAUCAUUGCUAGAAAAUCGGCAUAUUCCUUUGAAAUAAACCAAUGAAAUGUUUUCUCUCAAAAUAUCUCUCCUGUAUAAAAUAAUUCAUUAUUGUUAAUAAUGGUUGGAGGCUGUUCAUAAAUUGUAAAUAUAUAUUUUAAAAGCACUUUCUAUUUUUAAAAGUAACUUGAAAUAGUAUAGUAUAAGAAUCCUAUUGUCUAUUGUUUAUGCAUAUUUGCAUACAAGAGAAAUCAUUUAUUGCUGUGUAGAGUUCCAUCUUGUUAACUGCAAUAUGUAUUCUAAUCAUGUAUAUGGUUUGUUGUGUUCUUUUUUUUUUUAAUGUGUCCUCAUGCAAAUAUUAGCUACUUAUAAAAUAGUUAGAACAUGCAAAAAUUGUUCAUUUUCUCUAAAAUCGGAAUUAGGAAGCGUAUCACCGAUAUCGAUUAACGUUUUAUUUGGAGCUGAGUAAGAGUGCUCUCUUCUGAUUUAUCAAGCAACAGUGGCCCCAAUUUACUUUCCCUCCAGCUUUCUCAGUAUAAUCAUGAAAGGCUUUUCCAAAAGGAGAUGAAACAUAGUAGGAAUCAGAAGAGUCAAAUGCUUCUAAAGUUUCAAGGUGUUCAAAUAUAAAAAUAAAGUAGCAAAAACCCUACCCAUCCCAACUGCCUUAUUUGUUCUUAAAAUCAUUCUGGUACAGAAUAAGAAUAAAAUUCCCGUAGGAAUCUUUUAAAAAUAAAUUCCCUAUCAUCAUCACAUAUCCACACAUCCGAAACAGUAGGAAUGGUAUUGCCCAUUAAUACUAAUCCAAAGUAGUUGAUUUAAGCACAUUCGUUCUAGGAAAAUGAAAACUCAUCUUCUCUGAUAAUUGCCUGUGUUCUAGGUAACAGGAAAAUAGGCAUUCCAUUUAUGUUAGCCCUCCCAUUAUAUAUUCCCAUUAUUUUAUUGGCUCAUUUUAUAACAAAACAAAAAGGAUUGCCCGAGCAAAAUGUUUAGAACAAGAAAUUUCAAUGAAAUACUUGAUUCUGUUAAAAUGCAGAGGUGCUAUAACAUUCAAAGUGUCAGAUUCCUUGGGAGUGUGGAAAACCUAAUUAAUGGUGCUUCUCCCUUGGAAAUGCCAUAGGAAGCCCACAACUGCUAACACUCAACAAUUUUGGUGCAAAAGCAAACAGUUCCAGUAAGCUCUCUAAAGAAAAACUCAUUGUAACUUAUAUUAAAAUAAUAUAUGGUGCAAAGUAUCAGUUUCAAGCUUUUGACUAAUACAAGUAAAGGAAUAUGAAGGGAUUGUAUAUAACAAAUAUCCAUUGGUAGACCAUCAUCUUGUACAAGUAGAUUUCUGCUUCUUGAAUAUGUAAAAUAGGGUGAUUCAUUGACUUGUUUUAGUAUUUUGUGUGCCUUAGAUUUCCGUUUUAAAACAUGUAUAUUUUUGUGAGCCUAAGGUUUCUUAUACAUAUAAGUAUAUAAAUAAGUGAUUGUUUAUUGUUUCUGCUGCUUCAAUAAGAUAUUUACUAGUAUUAGACUAUCAGGAAUACGCCCUUGUGAUAUUUCAUUUUAGAUAUUAGGCCUUAGCUCCCACUAGAAAUUAUUUCAUCACCAGAUUUAAUGGAUCAAGUUUUAACACCCUUUAUCCAUCCAUCCAUCUUCUUACCAUUCAACACUUACUAAAUGUCUGCAGAAUUUAAAUGUUAGCUUUUGAUUUUCUUUGAAUCGCCUCCCAUGACAAAGUAAACUUGAAGAAUUUAAAUCCUAAAAGAUGUUUUUAUCCAUGGUUUUCAAAGAAACAGCAAGUUUCCUUCAAAAGAAUCCAUUAUAAUAUAUCUGCAGAAAUUCCCAUCAAGGUCACUAACUGAAUAAGUUUCUUAACAACUGAACUUGAAGCUCCAGUGUUGACUUAGGGGAAUAUUGAAAAUUGUGAAGUUGGCUGCAGUUGCCCCAAAAACAUAUAUGAAAAUAUCCCUUCUCAGCUAAAAUGUUUUCCAUUCCUUAUUAUAAUUCACACCAUCAAUAGCCUGCCUCAACCGAUAACCCCAUGGUGCGAACCACACGUGAUCCCUACUUUGUUGGACGUUACUUCAUAAGUUUAAAUUAGCAGUUUACCAUCCCUUUGUCUGCCCUGUGAUUUUUUUUUUUAACUCCUGCUUAUUCAAUGUUCUACAGCAUUGUGAUUGUAUGCUAGCAACACUGCUUUUAGACUGCUUUUAUGAAGCAAGGAAAUAAAUUUGUUUGAAAUGACAUUUUCACUCAGAAAACUGGUCAUCUAACAUUAUUUCUACACCUCUUAUGUUUUACUGUCACGAUCACCUUUUGCUUCACCUCUCUUACAGCACUCAAAUUGAGUUUUUGAAUCUUCUGCCUUUGUUCAUGGUAUGAUAAUUGAAUUUAUUGAUACGUGAUCCCCGUGUUAACCCAACCUGUCCAUAAUAUGUUACAAACUUACUAACUGCAAUGAACUGCCUAUGUUAGAAUCCUACAAUAUAUCACUCUGCCCUUCAGACUCCCAUUUCUAAUGGCUCUCAGGCCAUGGUUGGAAAAAAAUGUUUUCUUCUGCUUAUCAGCCUCACCUGUAUCUUCCAAUCCAUCUACAAAGUACCAAGUACGUCAUGUCAUAGACCUAAUUGAAACAUAUUGGAAAGUGAGGCUAGCUGAAAAUGUAUAGCUGUAGGUAAAUUUUUGCAAUAUGUUAGCAAAAUGUUUGCAGCUUACCCUUCUAACAUCUUUGUUAUGCAAUCUGCAUGUGAAAUAAUUUAAUUUGUUAAAUAUAGAAUUUCAACUAGAUGAAAUCCGUAAGCAAUUUACUUAAGACAUAACCCCAGUACAUACUUAAUUGAAUGCAUACCCUUGUGUAAAUGAGAUAACAAUUCAUAUGAAGUAACCUACUUUCUAAUGUUAUUGCUUCAGUGGAUUUGAAUGGAUCAUCAUUUAUUCCACAAUAGCAUGUAUGAAAAUAACCCCAAACUACUUAAGUUUAUUCUUUAAGACAAAUUCUAUUCAGAUUUUUUUAUCUGGGACAAAGUUUUGACAUUGCAUGACAACUUCCACCUAUAGCGAGCACAGGACUUCCUUUGAAUGUGCUGAGUAAAUCAGUAGCUGUAUGUGACUUUUAAUAAUAUAUAGCUACCUUCUAUUUCACAACUUCUUGCUGCAUGGAAAUUUCUUUUUAGUCUAGAUUUAGUACAACUGUGAGUUUUGAUCUUCUGUACAAUUUUAUGACAAGAAUUGUGAAGUAAUAUGGUAGUGGCCUCUCAUAGCCCUGGAAGACACCUUAGAAGUCCUAUAGUUAAAUCACUGGGGCCUAAAGAGCAGAUGUUAAUGUCAGUGUAUAACUUAUGUUUAUAAAUAGAAUUUAAACCAUCAAAUGAAGGCCACUUUGUUGUGCGUAGGAGGAUUUUAGGAAACAAACUUGAUUUCCUCACCCAGGGAGUAUUGUAUCACUGGGAAAUAACCUUAUUGCAGUACAUGUGAAAGAUAAAAAUGGCCUUUUAUUUUUUCUAUUACUUUUUUUGUUUUGUUUUUUUUUUAUUUAUUUAUUUUUUUGUUUGUUUUCCUGAGGUCUUCAGGAAAAUAAGUCAAGUGAAAUUGGAUCAAGAUUCCCCUGUGUGGGAAAUCUAGCUGACUUUUACCUAUGAAGUUGUCCUGUUAACUAAUCCAACAAAAUGUGGCAAUAGUCUUAUUUGCUAUUUCAAUAAAAAAUAUAUAUAUAUCAAGUACUUACACGGUACAGGCUUUUAUUUCCCCUGGAACAAUUAUUAGGCAUAUAUAAGGAGUUACGAAAAAUUGAAUGAUUAAAAGAAUUGGAGAAAGUAUAUCCAGUGUAUAUAUAUAUACUACCUAGCCAUGGUUGUACAGUCUAGUCACACCUCCUGCCAAGUUGGCCUCACAAGUAAAUCCUAGCAUAGUUAAUUUUGAAGUGAUUGUCUACCUGUAUUAGAAUACUGUUUUAUUGUGCACAGUUCCUAAACUUGCCCAUAAGUGUAUUGAACUUGUAACUUCAAUGUCAACAGUAAGGUACACUCAACCAAGUGACGAUAAUGAGUGCCCUGAUUCCUGAAGAGUCUGGACUUAUCUAAAUCAAAAUUGUGCUCCAUUUUGAGCUUUCUUCUAACAGGUUGAGAAAAUGACGCCACUUAUGGCUCUGGAAUGCAAUUCAGAAAGAAUCAGCAUGUCUAUCAGAAGCUGGAUUCGUGUAUUUUCUUAGAAUGUAUUAAGAUUUAUUGGCGGGUUUUUGUUGUUGUUUCUUUGUUUUCUUUUCUCAUGUAUAAAAGAGUGUCUAAGUUCUUCUUUUAAUUUUGGAAAUGAUAAAACUGGCUUUUAUGCAAGACAUCACUCUUUUUGUCUUGAACUCUACAAACUUCAAUUCUCUUUAUUCCAGUACAUCUAGGUGACUUUGUUUCAAUCCCCUUGUCUUCUGGGCACCUGAUCAAAUACCACUGUUUACUUCGAAAGGCAUGUAUUUUAUUCCUUCAAGUAAUCCAAAGGUAUUCCUCAUUUUGCCACUCCUAAUUUUCACUUCUCCUUUAAGGGCCCCACAAUGUGUUUCUCUUUUGAUAGUAUGCAAUAUUUAAUAUUUCUAGCUUUAGAAGUCAAACCCUUGUCUCAGCUUUGUUGGCCAUACUUUUCCCAUUCCUACUGUGAUACCAUGAUCCCGCCGGGAUCACAAGUUUUUCUUGUUUGUUCAGCCAUACAUGUCCCCUAUAACUGAAGCAAAACUUAGUCUAAGGUAGGAAUGUUAUUAUCAGAUUUUAAACACAUUACAUCUGAUUUAACCGAUUUAUGUUUGUGCGCAACUUGCGAAACUCCUGUUGAAUAGUUUAACCUAGUUUUCCUAAAAUAGAAAUUUUGUCCCCAGCAGCUGUUAUGAAAGGCAUUCUCUCUUGUCUUGUUCAUCAGAAAAAAAUCUUGCAGCUGUCAGAAACAUGUUCACUUUUGGAGAGACAGUAUUAAGAAGUAAUUUCCUUCUUCAUUUGGCUAGGUAUAGACUUGCCAUCUUUGACCAGAAACUGUGCUUGUUAUUUUUCGUUUUUCAUUUCACUGACGCUAUGCUGUUACUAGUGUACUUUCAUUCUGUUUACAGUUUUUAUCCUUUCCUCUGAUUUUCUCUAAAUUAAAAUUCUAUUGCUUCCUCUCCCUGUUCUGCCUCCUUUCCCCAUGCCCCCUACACAUAUACACAUGGUUCAUUUCAAGAAUAGCAGUGAUCUUGGUCAAGGUGUCUUUUCCUGUCUUCUAAAAUCAUGUUUCACAAAUCCUUUGUGGAAUAAUACCAAAAAGAAUCAAAAUAUUUUAUUUAGCCAUUUUUGGGUAGAGGCAAAUUCAGUUUUUAGGAUUAGAUAGUGGUCAUGCGCCCAUUGUUCUCUUUAACAAUCCCAACAAUGUUUGUCUCUUAACUUGUUUAUUAGUGCUUGAGUGUUUUGCAAAAAAAAUUGCAUAAGAAGUUAAAUAUUCUAGCACUAUUUCUGCAUAGCUUUGCUAUUUCUGUACAAUACAUUAUACUAAUUAUAAGUUGUCUGACCAGUGACUUUGAAUUAAUAACAGGUCUGAUUUCUAGAGUAGAUAUAUAUAUUUUUUUGCACGUUUUAUCUCCUGGCCCAGUUUUGUGGAUGAUAUCUACUUUCUAAUGUAAAUUUACCCCUUUGGAAAUUGGGUUUUGACAAUAAUAGGAAAUAUUCUAAAAUCUGGGUGAGAAAGGUUAAAAAUGAACUGAAAGUAACUUGAGGAAUUCUUAAAGAUGGGAUAAAUCAGUUAUCAGGAGUUCUGAGUGUAAUAGGGGGGGUUUAAGGAGCAGAGAGGAGGGAGAUUUGUGCCCCUAUUCACAAUCUGCUGGUGCACUCCACCAGCCCAGCCAAAAAUUCAUUAAUAGCUCUCCUCCCCACCCUAUAAGUUUUAUGUGAAAAAUAGCUCAAAAUGAGGAUCCAUUUUGAAUGCAAAUAUGGUAGUAAGAAAAUUAUAAUCCCUGUAUUUUAUAAAGUUUUAGGUUAUCAAACUGCUUUACAAUGUGCUCAUUUUUUCCCCCCAACACUGAGGGUUGGACAGAUGUCCAGAUGUUCCCGUCUUACUGGUGGUGAACCUGCUGAUUGGCAAGAGUAGCAAAUGGCUUGCUCCAAGUCAUACACCAAGUCAACCCAUCUGAGACUAAACCAUUUCAUAUCUGCAGACUGCUAAGUGCAUUUCUGCAUCAGGGCGUCUGGGUGCCUCAGUCAGUUAAGUGUCUGACUUUGGCUUAGGGCGUGAUCUCACAGUUCACGAGUUCGAGCCCCACAUCGGGGUCCAGGCUGGUGGUGUGGAGCCUGCUUGGGAUUCUCUCUGCCCCUUCCCUGUGUGCACUCUCCCUCUCAAAAACAAAUAAAUGCAUUUCGGCAUCAUAAACAAUGACUUAGUAUUAGUGGGUAGAAAUUUUGUCAGACCAGAUCUAAGAAUAAUGUAAACCCUAUCUAACAUAUGCAAAACAUGUUUCUGACGUAUUUUGUUUCCACUAUUUAUUUAGCCAGUGAUUUUUUAAUGCAUACUUUGGAAGGUCUCCCUAAAUUCCCAGAACUUUUGCAUUAGGGCUUAGAUUAAUGAAGUUUCAGUUUUUCCCCUGUAAAUAAACCUUUUAAUAAGGAAUGUCCCUGUGCUACGAAAACAAAGGGAAACCUCAAUAAUAAUUGCUUAAAAAAUACUACUUUUAAAAAGACUAAGAUCAGCAGUUCAUAAUCAAAGUGUAAUGUAUUUGUUAUAUUGAAGUGCAGGUUUCUAGAAGGGAAUGUGCUCAGUAAACUGACUAUUUUAGUUUUCAGGUACUCAUAGUAAAAAUGUAAAGUUGUUGACAUCUCUAAGAGAUCGUACUGUCUCCCACUUAUUUAAAUUUGUUUUGUUUUGUUUUUCCUUCCUCUUUGUUUCCAGCCAUGUAAAGUCUCUAGUCAAAGUUUAAACAUACCUUUGCCCAGAGAGUUAAGAAAAAUAACGAGAUGUAUUUGUAAAGUUUUUAGUAAGUUCUUUAUAAAAAUAAAGAGGUAGGAUAUUUUGCCUAUUCCAUCAAUACAUUAUGGGUUGCUAAUGAAAAACCCAAACUUCCCUAAAUAGUCAAAAUAAAUUCCACUUUUGGUGAUUUGAUUCAGUAACUGCCUAUCCUCACUAAUUAAUGCCUGUUUGUGAUAUUCUAAAAUGGCUGACAACAUAGGACCUUACAAAAACAGCUCUUAAAAAAAAAGCAAAACAAAGAUUAAAUAUUUUUUAUUACUAUGUAUGGUCAUUUUUUUUAAACUUCUAUAACAGAUAACAUUGUGAUAGGUGCUUUAAGAGAAAUAUUUUUCCAGAAACGGUUUUAUAGUAAUAAAGGGGGGGGUGGGGUGGGGAGGGCAGCUUUUGCAUUGUUACCUAUGGGUGGAUGGUCAUCUUUGAGUUACUAAGAAAUCAUGAAGUGUUCCCUGAAGAGAAAUUUGUAAAGCUACUUGGCAGAAGGAAAAGCAUUACUUUCUAGUUUCUUCAUUUUCUCUUGUGUUGUAUGAUGACCUACCAAGUAGAUUCACGUGCAUAUCAAUACUUUGGUUCAAAGGAGAAGAAUGAGUGCUUCUCAAGAGUGGGAGUGAAAUAUUCACAGAUACUUCAUCAUGGGGAAAUAGAGUAGUACUGACCUUUCAAUAAAGAAGUAUCAAUUUCACAAGUUAAUAUUCCUGUCUCUAAGUGACUUUUCCUCCUCUGAGGGUAUAUUUACUAUUUAUUUUGUACCUUUGAUUUUUUGCUUAGGGGGAUUUAUUUUUACCUAUUGCAGUCCUACUGUAUUAAAUAUCCCAUACAAUGAAAUAAGUUAAUAAGAAAAAGAUUUUAAAAUUCUACAAAAUCUGGUUUUGGUUCUUAACAUAUGGGAGAAACCGUUUAAAGAAAAAGCACUUCACCAUGCAGAAGGGAAAGAAAUAAUCUUAAUUGUGAUGAUUACAGUUCAACAUGUAGAGCUCUGCAUACAAGGGAACACUUAUUAGCAGUACUUGAAGACUUGUGAGUUGGAAUUGCAUGUUACUUGAAAGAACCUAAUUAAGCUAAAUUUUGGUGCACAGCAGUUGUACAUGAUUUCAUGUUUAUGUAGCAAAAUGCAUUGAAAUGUACUAGUAUUGAAACAUACAUGUAAAGAUAGUUGUGGAAAUUGUCUAUUAUAUUUUCCUUGUGUGUCUCAUUUAUUUAGAGCAUAAAGUUUCUUUUUUAUUAAGUGUUCUAACUGAAUAAGGCUAAAUGAAUACUGUAAUUGAAAUUAUAUUUUAAAUCUUUGUCAUGAGUUUUUAAAAAAACUAUUGCAAAUUGUAUCAUUCCUGAUUACACGGAACUUUGUGGGUGGUUUUAAAUAAAUUUUAUACUUCUAUUUUGCA